UUAAAACGUAGAAGAAGAAGGGGCGGAUUAACCUGAAGCUGAAUGGCUCCAUCUCUCUGUAAGUUCCUGUUCAGCUACAUGCCCAGCCAUGGCCCGGUGGUUCUGGUUCGUUUCACACGUUUCGUAUGAAAUUCCGACGCCAAACGAACCGACGGAAAGCGACUCAUCGCCGGUUAGUGUGCUGCCCGCUACGCGUUAGCUUAACCCGCCGAGCUCCGGUGUUUGCAUCCAGUGUAGGGGCUGAGUGGGAUGGCCGCAGCGAAGACGGCGGUACCAACAAAAAUGGUUCAGGGUCUCCCAGCAGAGGACGGCUUCGGUCCUCAGGCUGUAAAGUCAGAGAGGACAGGUGGACAUAUGAAGGACAGCGGCAUCCAGGGACAGGAAGAGGAGGCCGCACCUGGCUCAGAUCUGGUGACAACAAAUUGGGACGAUGUCGCCAUGGAAACCGAUGAGGCUAGCGAUGCAGAGCUGGGGCAGCUUGACCUGGAUCUGGACAGGAAGUCCAGGCAGCACAACUUGACGUCCAGGAACGUGCGCGCCAUCCUGCAUGAGGUGAUAACGCACGAGCAUGUGGUCGCCAUGAUGAAGGCCGCCAUCAGGGAUACUCAGGACCUGCCCAUGUUUGAGCCCAAGAUGACCCGGUCCAGACUGAAACAAGCUGUGCAGCAGGGACAGCGUCUGAAUUGGGGCCUGUCAGCCCUGAACACGGUCAAGGCUCCUCAGUUUGUUGACAUCGAUCUUGAAGAGGAGGAAGACUCCUCUGAUGAAGAGUAUUGCCCCGAUGAUGAAGAGGAGGAGGAGGACACAGCUGAGGAGAUGUUCCUGAGUGAUGCUGACAGCCUGGCCUCGCCUCCCAGACUCCAGAAGAUCUCUGCAUCUGUGCAUCUUGACCAGAAGACUAAGGAACCUCUGCAGAGUGUUGCAGGUGAAGCUGAGGGUCAGGUGAGGGGCUCCUCCUGUGGUUUUUCUUCUGAGAGCUCAUUCCUGGAGAGACUGAAUGCUGUGGAGGAGGAGCUAAACUCCAACUAUAACCAGCCCCUGGACAGAAAGCCAGCUGCUGCUGAUGAUGAUAAUGACGGCGAUGAAGGAUGUUUAGCGUUUCGAACACGGUCUAAACUUCCUCUAGUCAACGUUCCUAUAGAUCAGUUGGAGGCGGAGCUUCUGGCCCCUGACAUCACGGCUGACAUGUAUGAUCAGAGCUGUGCCCAGCUGGAGGAGGACCGUCAUUGGACGAAUUGGCUGCAGGGUCUCAUGGCACCUGGUCCUGAAGAUGAAGCUGAGGAUGACGACGACCCUGAGUAUAAUUUUCUGGAGGACCUUGACGAACCAGACCUGGAAGACUACAGAACAGACCGAGCCGUCCAGAUCACCAAGAAGGAGGUGAACGAGCUGCUGGAGGAACUCUUUGAAACCCUUCAGGAAGAAGAGUUUCCAGCGGAGGAGGAGGAGCAGGAGCAGGAGUCCCCAUCAGCUGCCGCCCCUAAGUUUAAUAUCCCGCAGGCGUUACGUUUCGAGGCUCCGUUAGCCGGGCUGCUAACGGAGCGAAGGCAGACGGUCCGGAAACAGUACGAAGCUUUGCAGCAGAGGAGAGCCCUGCAGGACACCACCAACCACCUCUGUAACACCAGCAAAGAUUCGUCCUGUACCCCCCCUCAGCCCGCGGUCUCAAUUUUAGUUGUGGCAGGCCAGACGGGCCCCUCCCUCCACCUGGACCACGCCCAGAAGCUUCAGCUGCAACAGCAGGUGCAACAGCAUGUGCAGCUGCUGACCCAGAUCAACCUGCUGAGCCGCCAAAGCCACGCCCUAAACCACGAGACUCACCUGACCAGGCGCUACCUGGUGGAGCUGCAACAGUUUGCUAGUCGCCGCCUGGAGCUCGGUCUCCCCAGCAGCUUUAGAGCGUGUAACCUGCAGGGGGCGCUAGAUCUCCUGAAGGAGGUGGAGCAGAGAGAGAGACCUCCACCCGCUCGCCUCGGUUCCACAGCGUCCAAAAGGCUGCUGCCUAAAAUGACUCCGACUACCAGCAGUCUUGCUUUCCCGCUACUGCCUGCUGACACCGCCUGGCUGUUCGCCACACGGCCGGUGUUCCUGUACCCAGAGCUACUUCCUGUAUGCAGCUUGGACCCCGCCUUACACAGCAAGCAUCAGCGAAGACUUUUCACAGCAGGAGAGGACGGGCUGAUUGCUCUGGGUCUGAAGCACUUUGACGGGGCGAUUCAGUCCGACCAGCUGAUCAGCUCCUACCUGGUCUGUAAAAGUCGCCAGCGCAUCAGGAAACGUAUCCGAGAGAUGAGCGGCCCAAGAGCGCCGCAGGACGGCGCCAUUAAGAUGUUUACGACCCAGGGAGUUGUUCCUCCGCUCCCUGUCGCCUGCAGCAGGGUCGACCCAGAAGACCAGCGCCCCCCAGUGGACAGAGAUACUUCCGCCAUGCCAAAGUGGCUGAAGAACAGUCAGCCAAUCAUCCACAAGACCCGUCUGGGCGGCAACCGUUACCCCCCCUCCCUCCCCCCGGGCUGCACCCUCCGGCUCCACCCCUCGUAUUUAUGCAAGUCCCAGGCGCCUCGCCGUGUCCACAGACGCCUUUUCACUCUGGCCCAUAACGUGGCCCUGCUUCCCCUCGCCAAAGCCCCGACGGACCAGCCUCCGGAGCAGCAGCCAAUCAGCUGUCUCCCUCCUCCUCCUGCUGAUUUGCCGUCAGAUUCCUCGUCUGUCUGCAAGGCCGUUCUUCAUCCAAGCCCCUCCCACCCUGCGCCUCAUGACGGCCUCACGUUCGGCCUUCCCGUUGGACAGACGUCCGCUCCGUUGGGCCCCCCUCUCAGCACUACAACCCCCAUAAUGCCUUGCUCAGCAGCAUCACAAAAAUCCGGCUACUUUCUUCUCCAGAUGGUUUGGACACCUCCAGGUUCCUGUUCUGCCGCGUUCCCCCAUAAUGCCGUGGGGCAGGAGCUCAUCAGACCAGUCACACAGGAACAACCAAAUAUUCAGAGCCCCCCACCUGAAGACGACAUGAUGGUGGGGGACAGCUCUCCUUCAACACUUAGUCCAUUCUCAUCCAGCGCUGGAGACAAAGAGGAGGAGGAGGAGGACUGGUCUGUGAUGGGAGUCGAUCUAAAAGGAGGCGGCGAAGCAAACGCAGAGGGAAGCGAGGUGGGAAGAACACAGGGUGGCGGUGACCAGGAAAAGGAGGACACAGACGGGGAGGAGGAGGAGCAGGGGGGCGAUGAGGACGAAGGAGGAAGAGAGGAUGGGCGAGGAGAGGGAGACGAGGACGGAGACAAGGACCGGCGGGGGGACGAGGAGGAGGAUGAAGAGGACGACGACGAGGAAGAGGAGGAGGAAGACUUUGAUGACCUCACACAAGAUGAAGACGAAGAGGAAGUGAUGUCGUCGGCGUCAGAGGAGUCGGUGCUGUCUGUUCCAGAGCUGCAGGAGACGAUGAAGCAGCUGACGUGGCUAGCAGCGGAGCGGCGCCUCUGCGACGCCGACUCCGAGGACGACCAGUCCCCGACCUCACAGGAGGACGAAGACGAGGAAGACGACGAGGCUAAGGGGGAGGAGCCAGACGAGGGGCGGGGCUUUAAGACAGAUGGAGACAAGGAGAGACCGUCUGGAGAGAAGACGCCUAGAGGACGAAGGUGUUCAGGACGAGGACGAGGUCGCACCCGUCCCCUCCGUGGUUUGGCGAGGACGCGUCAGGACCGUCUCAGUAAGGACGCCUCCAGGCUGUCUCUGCUGUACGACGAGAACCUCCUGGAGAACGACCCACUGAGGGAGAGCAAGGACGCGGCGUUUGCUCAGAGCUACCUGACCCGGGUGCGUGAGGCCCUCCAAGGUGCGCCGGAGCAGGUGCAGGAGUUUGUUUCUCUGCUCAACAAGUUUGAGCAGGUGGGGGAGGGACAGGAAGUGACGCAGCUGUUCAGGAAGCUGCGCUGCAUCCUGGGAGAUCAAACCGACCUGCUGCGGGACUUCGCUGCUUUCCUGCUUCCUGAGCAGGCGCUGCUGUGUGGACUGUUUGAGGAGCAGCAGGCGUUCGAGCGCAGCCGGCGGUUUCUAAGGCAGUUGGAGAUCAGUUUCGGAGAUAAUCCGUCACACUACCAGAAGAUCAUCAAAGCUCUGCAGACCGGGCCGGACCUGAGUCCAUCCAACAUCCAGGAGCUUAAAGCCCAGAUGGCAACGCUACUUAAAGGCCACACCCACCUCCAAGCUGAAUUCUGGGUAUUUUUUGACGAUCUCCGCCCGCCGCCGACUCGGCCCGAGCAGUUCGAAGAGGCUCAUCUGCCAGAGGAAGGAGAAGGUGGAGAAGGAGGCGGCCAGGUGCCGGGAGGAGGAGCCGACGGAGGCUUUGAGGAAGUGACGCUGCCGGACCUGGAGGAGGAAGAGGACGGACACAAGAUUCGACCAAUAGCGAGCCGGCGCCAGAGGAGGAAACUGGAGUCCCACCGAAGCUAUAAGGGCUCUGAUUGGUCCGACAAAGGCUGGUUCUGUCUCUGCCGUGAUGCGAAGAUCAGUCGACAUCGAAGGAAAAGAUGCUCUCGCUGCCAUGGCAACAAGGCCUCAGCAGGUUUACCCAGAGCGUUGAAGAGCUUAGACCCUCUUUACUCUCAGAGUCGCUCCAGUAGCGACCAGACGGCCGACAAACACCUGGACCUGAAGGCCGACGACUGCAGUCCACUCCCAGAUCAGACUGGUGCAUCGUGGGAAAGCUUCCCUCUGGCUGAUGAAAAGGAGGAGGAAGAGGAGCAGCUAAACGAUGAAGAACCGGAGGGCCCCACAGUGAAGAGGAGAAGAGAGGAGGAGUUAUGCCCAGAAACGGUCUGCGCCACCGUCACCACCUCAGACACCUCCUCCACCUUGGUCGCCUCUGCCUCCUCCUUCCCUUGUGAGGAUGCUCCACCCAUCACCGACUCCUCUGCUCCUUCUCGGCCCAGCCCACCUCACGAGCUUCCUGUCUGCGCCAAGAACAUUUCUCUGACUGCGAGUGGAGAGAAGGUGAUCCUGUGGACCAGGUGAGUCUCCACCUUUACCCACGUCUUGUUUGUUU